AUGACUUUGAUUGGUGGUGCAGUUUUCAAGUUUCUUUUCUCUUCACUUCUAUGGAUCAUCACGCUGCGUAUUUCCCUCAUUAAAGGCGAAGAGAAUUCUGGGGAAUUCCGGUAUCCAUUCAUCAAACCCGCAAGCUCAUUCUCUCCGCUGCCGUCCUCCGCCACGAACGGCGGCGAUAAACGCUUUGACUACAUUAUAGUAGGAGGAGGUACUGCCGGAUGUCCCCUGGCCGCCACCCUAUCGCAAAACUUCAGUGUGCUAUUACUGGAAAGAGGCGGAACGCCUUUUGCAAACCCUAAUGUCACCUUCAUGCAGAAUUUCCACAUCUCGUUGGCUGACACUUCGCCAUCUUCUGCAUCACAGCGGUUCAUUUCCACCGAUGGAGUCAUUAAUUCCAGAGCUCGAAUAUUGGGCGGAGGCACUUCCAUUAAUGCUGGGUUUUACACCAGAGCAAGCUCAAGUUUCAUUAGAAGUGUAGGAUGGGAUUCAAAACUGGUGCAGGAGUCCUACUCUUGGAUUGAGAAACAAAUUGUUCAUAGACCAGACCUUAUGCCAUGGCAGAGAGCAAUAAGGGACAGUCUUUUAGAAAUUGGAAUCUCACCUUUCAAUGGAUUUACCUAUGAUCACAAAUAUGGAACCAAAGUUGGUGGGACUAUUUUUGACAGGUUCGGCCGCCGCCACACUGCGGCGGAGCUUCUUGCCUCAGCAAAUCCUGGAAAGCUACAUGUUUUAGUACAUGCAACAGUUCUGAAAAUUGUUUUUGAUACAACAGGUAAAACACCAAGGGCAGUUGGGGUUAUCUUCAAAGAUGAAAAUGGGAAGCAACACGAAGCAUUAAUUUCAAUGGGGCCGAGGAGUGAAGUUAUCGUGUCGUCUGGAGCAAUUGGGAGCCCUCAGCUGCUGCUACAUAGUGGCAUCGGCCCGAAGACGGACCUUGAAAAGUUUAACAUACCUGUGGUUCUUGACAAUGAGUUUGUUGGGAAGGGCAUGUCUGAUAAUCCCAUGAACACUAUCUUUGUUCCCACUAAUACGCCUGUCCAGCAAUCUUUGAUUCAAACUGUAGGGAUUACCAAGUUGGGAGUGUAUAUUGAAGCAAGCAGUGGAUUUGGUCAGUCCUCAGACAGCAUUCAUUGGGACCAUGGAAUUGUUUCAGCUGAGAUAGGGCAGCUGUCUACCAUUCCUCCAAAGCAAAGAACAUAUGAAGCAAUUCAAUCCUACAGGAGAAUAAAGAAAAACCUUCCACGUGAAGCAUUUAUGGGAGGUUUCAUUCUAGAAAAGAUUGCCAAUCCCCUAUCAAAAGGCCAACUUAGACUUCUCAACACAAAUGUUGAUGAUAACCCUUUAAUUACUUUCAACUACUUCAGCCAUCCAUACGAUUUACAACGAUGUGUGGACGGUAUACGUGUUAUGGAGAAGAUUUUGAGGUCGAAACAUUUCACCAAUUUCACACAAUGUGACAAGAAAACAGUCGAGAAGCUGUUGAACAUGAGCGUUCAUGCUAACGUUAAUCUUAUACCCAAGCAUAUUAAUGACACAAAAUCCUUGGAGCAGUUCUGUAAAGACACUGUUAUCACAAUUUGGCACUACCAUGGGGGCUGCCAUACGGAUAAGGUGGUGAGCCGUGACUACGAGGUUCUUGGAGUUGAAAGACUCCGUGUUGUUGAUGGUUCAACGUUCGCUGAUUCUCCAGGGACAAACCCUCAAGCCACUGUGAUGAUGCUGGGCAGGUACAUGGGAGUGAAGAUAUUAAGAGAGAGAUUAGGCCGAGCAGCUGGAGAAAACAAUCCAGCAUUCAUCGGAGAUUAA